UUGUAGAUACUACUACCACAUGCCGUUCUAUGAGGAGAAACCAUGUGUCUACAUUAAGUCCCGCUGGGAAGACCAUCGGCGCAGACUCUACAACCAGAACAUGCUGGCCAAAGUCAUUGAGAAAGGGGAGGAAGGCAUGAGUGACGUCCAAGAGAUGAUCACCAUGGAGCGGCCACACCCUGAGCGCCGCCUUCGAGGGGUACUGGAAGAGCUGUCUGUCGGCUGCAACCGCUUCUGUAGCCUGUUGCAGAAGGCCAGCGGGAAGGACGGGAAUAGUGCUGGUAGGACCAAACUGGACAAAGAACGUGCACGCACGCUCCUGAGAGAAGUCGAAAUCAUUGGAAAGGAAGCCAGAAGAUGA